AUGGCUGCUAUACCGGGUCUAGACAUGUCUAUGCUGACAUACUCUGCUCGAUUGGCCACUUUCAACACCGAACAUCAACUCACAAAGAGACGCGCUUCGAGUCAAAAGAAGAAACAACCCUCGACCGCGUCCUGGCCCCACGAGUCGCCUUCCGGUGAAGAGCUCGCUCGCGCCGGCUUCUUCUUCAAACCCGCUCCCGACAGCGAUGACAAUGUCCAAUGUUUCCACUGCGCCGUAAAACUCGACGGAUGGGAGAGCCAGGAUGUCCCCCUCCAGGAGCAUCUGGCCCACUCAGCACACUGCUCCUAUGCCCUGAGUCUAUCUGUCUCGGACAAGGCCGAAGAACGCGACCCCAUGAGCCCGGAACUGGUUGAGGCCCGCACAAGCACCUUUGGCGACAUGUGGCCCCACGAACACAAGAAGGGAUGGAAGCCCAAGAUCAAGCAGAUGGUUGAGGCAGGUUGGGCAUACGAUCCUUCGCCCGCAGACGAGGACGGCGCCACCUGUUUCUACUGCAACAUGUCACUGGACGGAUGGGAGCCCAAGGAUAGCCCACUCGAGGAGCACCGCCGUAGAGAGCCAAACUGCCUCUUCUUUGCCCUGAUGGACCGUUACAAGUCUACAAGACGCAAAGGUGGGCGUGCUCGUGCAUCUACUGCCUCGAGAGCUUCCCGCUUGUCCACACAAUCCGUCCAAUCGACCUUCUCUGAGGCUCCGUCGCUGAUGUCCUUGGGUGACACAGGUCCCCAACUUGAAGUCGAAGAUAGCAUUGCCAUCGAUACAACCAUCUCCUCUGACGCCGGCAAGGGUCGCAAGAAGGCCCCGAAAGGAAGGAAGAAGACAGCCCGCCAGGAAUCUGUCGAGCCCUCUGUUCUGUAUCCGACCCUGCAAGAACCUUCGCAAGAGGAGGACGACAUAUUCGAGAUCCCCGUCGACUCCGACCCUGUACCUGUCGUAGAACAGCCCAAACCCAAACGCGGUCGCAAACCCAAGAAUACUCAAGAAUCGAUUGUCAUUGACGACUCCGUAGCGGAGCCUGCACCGAAACCUACACGGGGCCGCAAGAAAGCAAAGGAACCCUCUCCACCUCAAGAGACCAGUCUGGAUGAAAGUCAGUUGCAGUCUGAACUACAGGAAGCUGCCGAAGUCGCUGUUGUUGCAGAAAGUGCUCAGACAAAAUCUGGAAGAGGCGUCAAGCGAACUAGUGAUGGACUUGAGAAGCCCUCAGUCGCUGAAGACGAGGUGAUCGAAGAAGAGCCGACCAAACCCAAGAAGGCCGCGAAAUCUACAAAAGCAAAAAAGACCAAAAAGGCGGCCAAGGACAAUCAGGAAGAAGCAGAAGAGUCCGCUGCAGUCUCACAACCAGAGGAAAAGCCGAAACGAACAAGGUCUAAGAAGACCAAAAAGAUCGAGCCUGAGCCCGAGCCUGAGCCUGAGCCAAAGGUAGAGCCUGGAGCGAUUACCGAGCAGGUGAGCGAGGUACAACCAGAACUGGCACAUCCUGCCGAAACCGAAGAACAACUGGAACCCGAACAAGGAGCACUCGAGAGAAAUUUUGAGAUCGCCGAUAGUGACGCCGGACUCGACAAUGAAGCCCAACAACAGCUACCAGAACAAGAGGUCGAUCAGGAAAAUGUUGAUCCUAUGGCAGAGGCCGGCAUCGAUAUGGAACCAGAGAACGAAGAGGCCCUUGAGUCUCAAGAGCGACAAGACGAGGAUGUACUUGACGAAGAGUUCAACAAUCUUGAGAGUGUUGAAGCUGAGGAAGAAGUUGUGGUGCAAACGGAGGACAAUGUGGUCAAUGAGGAGGAAGAACAACCCGCUUCCAUUGCACAAACCCCCGCAGCUGAAGAAUUCGAGCCGACACCAACACCUGAAGUCAAGCGUGUUUCUGCAGUCUCUGUGUCUUCUGUUCGGAGAUCUGUCGUACAACGAGCCGACUCGGAGGAAGUCGAAGAAUCAGUUCAUUCGACUCCACGCAGUGCACAAUUAUCAGAUGUCGAGAACCAACCGCCAUCUUCGUCAUCACACGCUCCAGCUACAGCUCAGAAGGUGGUUCCCUCUCUGGAUGUGAUGAAUACUGCUAUUCAACCCAAGGAGAUAUUUGCAAGCCCUACCAAGACUACUCGAGUACCUCUUGCUGCAUCUACACCUAAUCGAUCUCCAUCAAGACGAUCACCAUCCAAAUUCGGCAGACUGACUUCGACAACUCCUUGGGAAGCCGUUGAUCUCGAAUCAAUCUUCUUCCCCGACUCCGAGAACGAAAAUGGGGAUGCAGAUGAUGUAUUCAACAAGCUGCUCGAGGUUGGUGGUGGACUGACUUCACCAGAGAAGAAGAUGACGGUCGAGGAGUGGAUCCGAUCACGCGCAGAACUGGGGGAGAACAAGCUCAAGAAUGAGUGUGAGCGUAUGGUCAUGCUAUUCGAGAAGGAGGGUAACAGAGGUCUGGCAGCUCUGAACGGCAUCCAGACCUCAUCAUGA